AUGAAUCAGAGAAUACACACAGGAGAGAAGCCUUACAGCUGUGAUCAAUGUGGGAAGAGAUUCACUGAGUCAGGAAGCCUGGCCGGACACAAGAGAAUACACACAGGAGAGAAGCCUUUUGGUUGUGAUCAAUGUGGGAAGAGAUUCACUCAUUCAGGAAGCCUGGCCGGACACAAGAGAAUACACACAGGAGAGAAGCCUUUCAGCAAACACAGAGAGAAGCCUUUUGGUUGUGAUCAGUGUGGGAAGAGAUUCACUCAGUCAGGAAGCCUUGCUGGACACAAGAGAAAACACACAGGAGAGAAAUCUUACAGCUGUGAUCAAUGUGGGAAGAGUUUUCCUAGAUCAGACCAGCUUGUAAUACACCAGAGAAAACACACUGGAGAGAAGCCUUACCACUGCAACUGUGGGAAGAGUUUUGCUCAAUCGGGAAGUCUGAUAAAGCACCAGCGCAUACACACAGGAGAGAAACCUUACAGCUGUGAUCAAUGUGGGAAGAGUUUUCCUAGGUCAGACAAGCUGGUAAUACACCAGAGAACACACACUGGAGAGAAGCCUUACCACUGUUCUGACUGUGGAAUGAGCUUAGCCACUUCACAAGGACUUCUACUACACAAGAGAAAACACACUGGAGAGAAGCCUUUUGGUUGUGAUCAGUGUGGGAAGAGAUUCACUCAUUCAGGACACCUGGCUGUACACAAGAGAAUACACACAGGAGAGAAGCCUUUUGGUUGUGAUCAGUGUGGGAAGAGAUUCACUCAGUCAGGAAGCCUGGUUGAACACAAGAGAAAACACACAGGAGAGAAGCCUUUUGGUUGUGAACAGUGUGGGAAGAGAUUCACUCAGUCAGGACACCUGGCUGGACACAAGAGAACACACACAGGAGAGAAACCUUAUAGCUGUGAUCAAUGUGGGAAGAGAUUCACUCAUUCAAGAAGCCUGGCUUUACACAAGAGAAUACACACAGGAGAGAAACCUUUUGGCUGUGAUCAGUGUGGGAGCAGAUUCACUCAGUCAGGACACCUGAUUGAACACAAGAGAACACACACAGGAGAGAAACCUUAUAGCUGUGAUCAAUGUGGGAGGAGAUUCACUCAUUCAGGAAGCCUCGCUAAACACAAGAUAAUACACACAGGAGAGAAGCCUUUUGGUUGUGAUCAGUGUGGGAAGAGAUUCACUCGGUCAGGACACCUGGCUGGACACAAGAGAACACACACAGGAGAGAAGCCUUACCACUGCUCAGACUGUGGAAUGAGCUUAGCCACUUCACAAGGACUUCUACUACACGUGAGAACACACACAGGAGAGAAGCCUUUUGGUUGUGAACAGUGUGGGAAGAGAUUCACUCAGUCAGGACACCUGGCUGGACACAAGAGAACACACACAGGAGAGAAGCCUUACCACUGCUCUGACUGUGGAAUGAGCUUAGCCACUUCACAAGGACUUCUACUACACAUGAGAAAACACACAGGAGAGAAGCCUUUUGGUUGUGAUCAGUGUGGGAAGAGAUUCACUCAGUCAGGACACCUGGCUGGACACAAGAGAAAACACCACACUGUUGGGUAACCUUUCCACUUUUGUUAGCUCAAUCCAGUUAAUGGUAGACUAGUGUACACACACCGGAGAGAAGCCCUACAGGGUGAGUUUUGCCACCUCAAGCUUUCUUAAUGUGGCCUUCCUUAGUGUAAUUUGUUGUACUGUCAACAAGGGGUCCACCCUCUGAUAACUUUAACUAUCCAUUAUUUCCAGAUUUCUAUAAAUUGCAAUGUGAGUGAAAUAGUCUGUUUG